AUGCGUCGCUCCAUGUGCGUUGUCCUCGUGGCCUGUGUCGUUGGCACCUCGUUGGCUGCGCCUGUCGACGCUGGCGGGCUUGGGGGCCUUGUUGGUGUUUUGCGGAAUGGGGUCCUCGGGAAAGGCGGGCUUCCGCUGAGUCUUGGGAGGAGGCGUGUCGGUGGUGUCGGCGAAGCUGUUUCUGGAGGAGGCAUGAGAGACGGCGACGUCGCUGAUGGUGUUGGUGGCACGGUCGAACGUGUCGCCGGGGGCGCGGCCGAGGAGACGCCUGAGGACAUAGCCGAGGACACGGCCGAGGACAUGCCCAAGGACAUACCCAAGCACCUAUCCAAGGACAUAUCCAAAGACAUACCCAAGAACCUCCCCGUCGAGGACCUCCCCUUGGUGGGCGGUGCUGCCGCUGCCGCUACCGCUGCCGCUGCUCCUCUUGUUGGACAAGAGAGAAAAGACGCAGCCGGCUCUCUCGACGGCCUCACACACCACAAGACCCCCAGUGUCGGAAAGGACCUUGAUCUCCCUGCCAUCUCCAAUCACCUUCCACGUGGAGGCGGUGCCGCCUUGCCUGUUCCUGGACCUGCUGCCCGUCACUGA